GACUGGAGUUACCAGUUCAAGAGUCUUCAGCACAUAUGGAUGGUAUCUGAAGUCACUGACUGGAGGAGUUGGCAGGGGAAUGAUGGUACUAGCGGAGAGGUCAGAUGACCCAGUACUGGCCAUCUGAAGAGAAGAGAAGAGAAGCUUGGCUGAAGAGAAGAUACAGCAAGCGAAGAGAACCCGAGGUGUGUUGAAAAUCACGAGACUUCAGGAAAAGACCUGUUCCAAUCCUUGGUCAUCCACCCAUACACUGUAAAGUUGAUCAAACUUCUUCUAAGCCUUGAUUUCCUGAUAUGUAAAAUGAGUAUGAUCAUUCCGGUCUCACAGAGGCUUUUUGGUUAUAGUGAAAUAAGGUGACAUAUGAAAAAGCUCAAGAAUAGUUUAGGCUCUCCAAAAGUAGUCCCUUAAAAUUGGUAAGUGCUCCAUAUCUGCAUAAAAAAGUUUCGAGUGGGCAGGCUGCUGUUUGGUCCACAGCGCAGACACCACGGCCAAUAGGAUGAUCACAAAAGGAGGAGCCACAGGAUACCUCUGGAGCAUCUGGAGAAAAGAGCCGGAAAAAACAGUUUCUAAUUUCCGGUGGGCUAGGACCAUAGAGGGUGGCUCCACCACGUUCCUAGAACGACUGCAGCGGCGCAGCCAAGGUGGGGGCUUUCACUUCCGGUGACUCGGGGCUGGGACGCCCAGUUAGACAGUGACGACAGUGGCCAGCGAGGAAUGGUAAGUGGGCCGACUGUUGCAGCCGUGCGAUUAGCCCCCGAACUGCGCUAGCCGGCUGUAGCGGGGCAGAGUGAUCCCGGGUGUCGGAGUGGCUACCUAGACCUCGCCUUCCCGCUCCUCCGGAGGGCUGUGGGCCGAGAAAGCAGAAAAUUCGAGCUAUGUAGCUCUAGGAAGAGAAACAGUAUUUCAGAAGAAGAGAGUAGACUUUGUUAAGAGUACAUUUGGCUCUUCACCAUGCGGUUAGGGAAACUUAAGGGAAGUAUUUCUCAGACCUCAAGCCAAGGAAAGACUUCUGAGAACCAGCGCAGAAUAGGCCGGCAAGGGCAAAAAUGGGGAGUGACUGUUCGGUUUGACUCGAGUUUGAGUAGACUACAAAGAAGCUUGGAUGAGAAGCCCUAUAAAUGUACUGAAUGUGAAAAAAGUUUCAGUCAGAGCUCAACUCUCUUUCAACAUCAGAAGAUCCAUACUGGAAAGAAAUCCCAUAAAUGUGCUGACUGUGGGAAAAGUUUCUUUCAGAGUUCUAAUCUCAUUCAGCAUCGUCGGAUCCAUACUGGGGAAAAGCCUUAUAAAUGUGAUGAGUGUGGAGAAAGGUUUAAACAGAGCUCAAACCUCAUUCAGCACCAGAGAAUUCAUACUGGAGAAAAACCCUAUCAGUGUGAUGAAUGUGGCCGAUGUUUCAGCCAGAGUUCCCACCUUAUUCAGCACCAGAGAACCCACACAGGGGAGAAGCCCUACCAGUGCAGUGAAUGUGGCAAAUGCUUCAGCCAGAGCUCUCAUCUUAGGCAGCACAUGAAGGUGCACAAAGAAAAGAAGCCUCACAAAACUCCAGGCAAAAAUAUUAGAUCAAAAACUCACUUAGUAUCAGCUUGGAAAGCUGGUACAAGAAGGAAGUCAGUAACUGGUAUUCGCUGAGUAAGAGACACUGUUUCAGCCCUCUUAAAGAGAAAAAAAAUCUCUUUUAGGACUAGAGAUCCUUUGUAAUAGAGCGCUUAAAUACUGUACCCUUUCCUAGUAUGGAAACACUGGGAGUUUGAUGACAUUGGGUGGAAAGAAAUUACAUGAGUCCAACUGUCCUCUCAUUUAUUUUAUGUAACCUGGAGUACAAAGAACUGAAAAUAUGUUUUGAGAGUCUGUAAGACCCUUGACCUCACUCGAAAAUGCUUUCUGCAUAAUUUUGACAAAAACAAUCAUGUUUUAAUGACCUGCAAAAAUGUAGAAAUUUUGAUGACUACUCAGUUUUAAGACUUUCUGUUGAAGGAGUAAUUAAAAGGGAAAAGAAGUUAAUCCUAUUGGUUUUGAAGUUCCAUAAUAGAUGAGGAGAUUUUAUGAUUAUAAAGUUUUAUAAUAUAUUAAUCAUCAGUUUGUGUGAUUUAAUACUAUUAAAAUAUAUUCAUAUUCACAGAUUCUUAAUUAACAAGGCCCAUCACUCUGUAUUAAUUUUAUUUUGUUUCCUUCUUAUAGACAGUUGGUAAAGGAAUAGAAUUUCCCUGUUUUUCUCCACGUUCUUAAUAAGAGAUAUACUAGAAGUCAAAGUGAAAACAUAGAUGACAUGUCUCAUUCUUGCUAGCACUGUUCUUUGAGAUGGUUUUAUACUGUGUCAGUUUUCCAGAAGUUGGGAUGGAUUUAUAUUGAUACAUCCCCAUGCCUUUUGACUUGGGCAUUUUUGUGUUCUGUGACAAACUGAGGUAGCAUUUUAGACCUGCAAGAAUAAAUAACCAAAUCAUAUUUUACCAAAGCAAUUUCAACUUGCUACUUAAAAAGUCUACAAUUUAUACACCUUCCUGCUUUCCUUUCCCUUUUGAAAACUGUAAGUAAACCUAAACAAAUGUGUCAACAGCAAAAGUUAUUUAAUGCAAAUGUCAGUGCAUUGUAGCUUAAUGUGUAGAUUUUGAAAUCUGAGUUAAACUUUUCUGAGUUAUAUGAAUUAUUUACAGCACAGGUAGCAAAAACAAGGCCCAUGGGCCGAAUCAGGCCCUCCACCAUGUUUUAUCCAUCCGGGCACCUUGUUGCUACCUGGCAGCAGUGUCAAGCUCUCACUUACCUGUUAAGGAGUACUUAUAUUUAUACAUUCCUAAAAUUACAUUCGGCCCUUUGAAGGCAACCUCAAGGCUGAUGUGGCCCCUGGUGAAAAUGAGUUUGACACCCCUGAUUUACAGUCUAGCAAACAUUUUUCAGCUAGCGUCAGAACAGUGCUAUGUGUCAGACAUUCUGAUCAGCAGCCUUCAGCUCAGAUUCUAGUUCUAUUGAAUGCUAACAUUCUUCUAAUUUUUUGUAUCUUUUAUAAUCAUGCUAGUUGCUGGUAUACAAAUGAGUUAUUCAUAAAAAUAAAUGGAAUACUUUGCAUACUGUA